AGCGUUCCACAAAGUAGAAUGUGCGCAUGCGCGGCAGCCAUUUUCCCAUACUUCCUCCCGUCAAUGCAGAUCUCCGCCCUUUUGACAAGCUGCCUGCCCGGCUCCCAGCAGCUGUCCUCCAAUGCCGUGUGAGAUUAAAGAGGAGGAGGGAGGGACAGGCGCUGUGUAACAGGGAGCCUGAGCCGAGAGGCACUGCUAGAGAAAAGAAAGGCAGAGUCACGGGGGGAAAGAGACACUAAGAGGGAGAUUAUUAACAGCCGGUCACUUCCACCUACUGCUUGGACUUGCACUCGCCCCUUUUCCCGUGCUGGACGGGUGUUCGUGGAGUAACCGGACUGAAGGCAGCGGUUGUCAGUAGUGCAUCCCUACACUGGUAGCGUUCGGCCCCUGCUGUAAGGAUUGGGCCGCUGCCGGGCCCCGGGCACGAUGCCUGCUGAUGGCUGUCAGUGAUGGCCUCUUCUCUUGCCUUGGCCGCUCAGCUUGUUACCGACGUGUCCAGAUCAUUGAGCGGACGCAUUACCGACAGCGAACGACAUAAGCGCGGCUUUCUUGCUGUCAUCUGCCGGCGCCCGGAUCCUGGGAAACUAUUUGUGCUUCCACUGCCCCCUGAGGAUUGAUAUGGAGGAGUGUCAUUAAAGGGAAGUCUUUUGAUCAUUGUGAUUAGGAGUGGGAGGCGGCCGGGGAAGUGUCUCCGCAUUACAUCGGGUUAGUGCGCAGAGGAGUGAGUGACGUGCGUCUCCCCGUGCAUCUCCCCGUGCCCUGUGUAUAUAUAGAAAUCGAGAGAGAUCUCUAGCGACCCGGCCUGCAGCUGUUUCAUCUCCGCGGGAGAGCCCCGAUUAGCGAGGGAGGCACAUCUCGCACGUUUGGAGGAGUGGAUGUGGGUGGGCUAAGGGCUUAGAGGAGGGGAAUUAAAAUGCACCAGCCUGAUCCAGCCGCAGAUCUUGCUGCCAGGAAGAUGGCGCACCCGGCAGAUCUGCCCAGAAGGGGUAGCGCUACAGCUGGCAACUCGGCUGCGCUGAAUGCAGGGGCCGCCGGCCACGUCCUGUCUUCAGAUGCUUACCCUCCUUUAUUGGUGCAGCCUCCCGCCGCUGCUUCAUCUCCUGGACCCCAGCAGCAGCAGCAGCAUCCUCCUCCCCAGACUCUCAAUUUGCUGCCCCAGAGCGGGGCCCAGAUCAAGAAGAAGAGCGGCUUUCAGAUCACCAGUGUCACUUCGGCUCAAAUCUCAGCCAACAUGAGCUCCAACAAUAGCAUUGCGGAAGAUACUGAGAGCUAUGACGACCUGGAUGAGUCUCACACAGAGGAUCUGUCCUCUUCUGAGAUACUGGAUGUGUCUUUAUCUAAAGCCACAGACCUUGGGGGUCCAGAGAGAAGUUCAUCAGAAGAGACGUUGAACAACUUCCAGGAGGCUGAUACACCUGGCGCUGUGUCUCCCAACCAACCCCACCUCCCCCAGCAUCACCUGCCUCAGAAUGUCCAGCAAAAUAUCAUGAUCAAUGGAAGUAUACAUCACCACCCUCUUCAUCACCAUGGGCAUAAUCAUCCAUCCCAACCUGGAUUACCCAAUGCAGCCCUUCCUGCAGGCUUACCCCCAACUCCUGCUCCAGUGAAAGCGCCUGCACCAGGGACUUCUGAUAGUGCUCUUACAGCAGUGCCUGUUGCUGCUCCUUCUAUUUCUCAUCAGCCUGCAGGAUCUAUACCAUCUACUGCCCGUAAAGCAAGUGGACCUGUAAGUACUGGCAUUGCUCCUGUUUCUGGUAACACUAGUGCACCAAAUAAUGCAAACAUUUCAAGCCUAAGUGGCGUAACAAGUUCUUUGCCCAGCGGUGUAAAUAUAAAUCCAAGUUCUGUCAUAACUAAUGUAGGCACUUUACCUGGCAGCCUUAAUUUGCAGUCACAAGGCACAACUGGCAAUGGCAGCAGUGCUACUUCUAGUAUCGUGAACAAUGUUUAUGCUGCGGCAUCAGCAGUUGGACAAAAUGCAUCACAAAAUCAGCCUGCUCCUUCAGGUGCAGCAACGUCUAGAUUUAGAGUUGUAAAAUUAGACUCUAGUUCUGAACCUUUUAAAAAAGGCAGAUGGACGUGUAUGGAAUUCUAUGACAAAGAUAAUGCAGCAGCUGCAUCCGACGGCGCUGCCAUCAACAAAGCCAUAGAGAGCAUUAAACAAAACCCACUUGAAGUAAUGUCUGAAAGAGAGAGCACUAGUGGAAGCUCUGUCAGUAGCAACAUGAGCACUCUGAGCCAUUAUACUGAAAGCGUUGGUAGCGGAGAAAUGGGGACUCCUUCCAUACAGCAGCCAGGAUUUCAAGGUCUAGGCCCUCAGCAGAUGGACUUGAGUAAUGCAAUAGCUCAGACUAUUCCUGCCCCCAGUAUGCCACAGAGUAUUUCUCAGCCCCAGCUUGCUCAGUUACAGAUGCAUUCACAAGAUGCCAACUUCUCUCCUCAGAAAGUAGCAGGGCAGACUGCUCAAGCUCCAUUGAAUGCUUCUGCUGGUGGUCAGCCAGCUUCAGUUAAUAUACUUGGUGUACCAUCCUCUUUGGGACAUCAGCAGCCAAGUGUUUCUACUUUGAUCCCACAACAAUUGCCAUACACUCAACAGACUCAGCCCAUACAAAGUCUCCCAGCUGUUCCGCAACAGUUACAAUAUACGCAUCAACAGACUACUGCUGCCCAGAUGACCUCUGGACACGUACCAGUAAUUCAAAGUUCUCUUCCAGGGAAUUUGCCGGAAUACAUUCAGCAUCCACAAAUGAUACAAACAGCCGUUCCCCCAAUGCAGACCGGUUCUACAGGAGUUGUUAAUACUGCAGCUGUUGCCCAAGCACAUGUCAUGCAAGCCCAGAUUCAGUCUUCAACAGCACAAGCUCCAGCAGCAGUUGCUCAAACUCAGCCUGUGGCACACACCCCGGCACCAAUUACAGCAACAGGUCAGAUGUUAGGCGUCAACCCACAAGGCAACCUUCCUGCUGCAGUGCCUCAGGCAACUGCCCCUCAAGUUGCAACAUCUAUAUUACAACAGAAUGUUCCAGCUCCUUCUACCCAGGUAUUACCUCCACCUCAAGGAAUACAGGUGGGUCCUCCUGGAAUCAAUCAACAAGUCAUUAUUGCACCUCAAAGUACACUGCUUCCAGCAAAGCCUCAAAGUACACUUAUUGACCCUCCUGUACAAGGCUUGUCAAGCCAACAGGGGCCUGCUGUAAGUCCUCUACUUGCUGCAGCGAGUGUUCCAACUGUUCAGCAACUAAGUACAAGUAUACCUUCUGCUUUACCUCCAGCAGCAGCAACUUUGGGUCCACCGCCAACAGUUUCACAGGCUUCGGCAGUGCAAAAUGUGAAUUUGGGUCAAAGUAGUAACCAAUCACCUGCAAUAGCAAAUGUACCAGUUGCUCAAAGCAUAUCACUACAGAUGACACAGAGUUCUGGUCAGUUUGCUGCACCCUCACUUACUCAGUCUGUGGCAAGCCAGAUUGAAAAUGCCAGAUGGAUAAUGGAGCAUUCUAUGGUAGGCUUCUCUAGUGUUGGAGCAGGAGCUUCGUUAGAAGGUGCCAUUGGUCUUCCUGUCUCUGGGUCCUUGCUUCCACUGAAAUCUCUUCCUCUUUCCACACCUCUUGUUGAUGGUGAAGAUGAAAGCGCCUCGGGUGCCAGUGUGGUAGCUAUCGAUAACAAGAUCGAACAAGCCAUGGAUCUAGUGAAGAGCCACCUUAUGUAUGCAGUCAGGGAGGAAGUGGAAGUCCUUAAGGAACAGAUCAAGGAGCUUAUUGAAAAGAACUCACAGCUGGAGCAGGAAAACAACUUGUUGAAGACACUCGCCAGUCCAGAGCAGAUGGCACAGUUCCAGGCUCAGCUCCAGGCAGGUUCUCCUCCUUCCUCCUCAUCUUGUUCACAGCCUCCAGGAAGCACUCCAGCACCUGCUCAGCCAAUACCACAAAGCACAGGCCCCUCUGCAUAGCCGCUGGCGCUUGAUCCUGAACACAGUUACUCACACUUUCAGUGGGACAUACAUCUGCUGUGACUUUUAGUAACUGAACAGGGCUGUCAUUAAAAAAAUGACACCUGUUAAAAUGCACCUGUUAUUUUGAAGGAUCCAAUGCAUCAUGAAAUGUGUCUGAAAGUCAACUUAGACUACUGAAAUAGUUUGACUAUGGUAUUUUCAAAGGAGGCAACCAAAAUCUGAUUUUCUAUGGAAAUGAAGUGUCCUAGUAAUUUCAGCAAUGACAAGACAAUUGCCCAAGACACACUCACCUCUGGAUGUGCCUCUCUGAUCUGUAUAUUUGCCGCACAGGUACCGCCCGUGCCUCCCACGUCUUUGCUGCGCACGCCCCUUUUCUUUUCAGUAUUAAACCUUUUUUCACCCUCCCCAUCCUUUGAUGCAGAGGGUUUAUUUCAAUUGCUAUUACUUUUACAUGUAAUCCAGUGCUGUGCUGUAAAUGUUGCAAGAACAUCCAAGUGUAUGUGUGGUAAAGCAGUACUACUGGAAGUAGCCUAAAAUCUCUCUUCUGUUCUCUGUGUACCUGGGGGAAGGACAGCCCCAACUUACACAAACUCACACGUUCCCAGUGACAACCUGGGAACCUCCAAGUUUUGUAGUAAUACAACUCUCUGCAUUCUUUGGUGGCAGUGGGAUGCUGAGAGCUGUAGUUCAGAAACCUUUCUAGGGUUGUCCAGGUUCCAAGGUAUACUCUGCAUCUCUCAUAGUGAGCUGAACCUUUCGUUUGUCCUUUCCUUCUCUAAUGUAAGGCAAGAUUGUAUGCACCGAGCAUUUUAGAAAAGAACACACUGUUGAAAAAUUAGAAUGAUUUCAAUGAAGUUAAUUUGCCUACUGUAUAUUUCUGUAUGUAGUGUAAGUACUCUGUAAUAUAGACCACUUGUAAGUACUGCUUAGGUUGUACAGAUUGAAAUUUAGUGGUUUCAUUGAUUGAACUUAAUAAUUUGACUAGUUUUUUUUUUAUUAUUAUUUUAUUUUAAAGCUGCUUCCUCCUCUAGUGGCAGAAGAUCCUGAGUGGCAGGUUCCUCUGGAACUAAAGGUGUUAGCCUGCAACAAACCCAAUCAACUGUUUUGGACAUGGCAAGAUUUAUGCCUCUUUUUGUGUAUUAUUUUGUUCAGAAAUGGCCUUGGCCAGUGAGUAUCUCUUGAAGUAAAACCCAGUUCACUGAUGUUUUAGUUUUGGUUUAGACACUCCAGCCGUGAAUUACCGCAUUCUGCUAUCACAAUGGAACAUAUGAGCUGUAAGGUAGUAUGCAUUUGUUGUGCAUGUUCUCUAAACAGUUGUAACACGUCAAUGUAUUUAACUGUUGCACUUGUCAACUUUCAAUAAAGCAUACAUUGUUGGUAAA